AUGGAGCCGUCAGCAUCCGCCAUGGAGCCACCAUGGAGCCACCAUGCAGCCACCAUGGAGCCGCCAUGGAGCCACCAUGGAGCCGCCAUGGAGCCGUCAGCAUCCGCCAUGGAGCCACCAUGGAGCCACCAUGCAGCCACCAUGGAGCCGCCAUGGAGCCACCAUGGAGCCGCCAUGGAGCCGUCAGCAUCCGCCAUGGAGCCGCCAUGGAGCUGCCAUGGAGCCGCCAUGGAGCCGCCAUGGAGCCGCCAUGGAGCCGCCAGUAUCCACCAUGGAGCCACCAUGCAGCCGCCAUGGAGCCGCCAUGGAGCCGCCAUGGAGCCACCAUGGAGCCACCAUGCAGCCGCCAUGGAGCCGCCAUGGAGCCACCAUGGAGCCACCAUGCAGCCACCAUGGAGCCGCCAGUAUCCACCAUGGAGCCACCAUGCAGCCACCAUGGAGCCGCCAGUAUCCACCAUGGAGCCACCAUGCAGCCGCCAUGGAGCCGCCAGCAUCCACCAUGGAGCCGCCAUGGAGCCGCCAGUAUCCACCAUGGAGCCACCAUGCAGCCACCAUGCAGCCACCAUGGAGCCACCAUGGAGCCGCCAUGCAGCCACCAUGGAGCCACCAUGCAGCCGCCAUGGAGCCGUCAGCAUCCGCCAUGGAGCCGCCAUGGAGCCGCCAUGGAGCCGCCAUGGAGCCGCCAUGCAGCCACCAUGGAGCCGUCAGCAUCCGCCAUGGAGCCGCCAUGGAGCUGCCAUGGAGCCGCCAUGGAGCCGCCAUGGAGCCGCCAGUAUCCACCAUGGAGCCACCAUGCAGCCGCCAUGGAGCCGCCAUGGAGCCACCAUGGAGCCGCCAGUAUCCACCAUGGAGCCACCAUGCAGCCGCCAUGGAGCCGCCAUGGAGCCACCAUGGAGCCACCAUGCAGCCACCAUGGAGCCGCCAGUAUCCACCAUGGAGCCACCAUGCAGCCACCAUGGAGCCGCCAGUAUCCACCAUGGAGCCACCAUGCAGCCGCCAUGGAGCCGCCAGCAUCCACCAUGGAGCCGCCAUGGAGCCGCCAGUAUCCACCAUGGAGCCACCAUGCAGCCACCAUGCAGCCACCAUGCAGCCACCAUGGAGCCACCAUGGAGCCGCCAGCAUCCACCAUGGAGCCGCCAUGGAGCCGCCAGUAUCCACCAUGGAGCCACCAUGCAGCCACCAUGCAGCCACCAUGGAGCCACCAUGGAGCCGCCAUGGAGCCACCAUGCAGCCGCCAUGCAGCCGCCAUGGAGCCGCCAGUAUCCACCAUGGAGCCGCCAUGCAGCCGCCAUGCAGCCGCCAUGCAGCCGCCAUGGAGCCGCCAGUAUCCACCAUGCAGCCGCCAUGCAGCCGCCAUGCAGCCGCCAUGGAGCCGCCAGUAUCCACCAUGCAGCCGCCAUGCAGCCGCCAUGGAGCCGCCAGUAUCCACCAUGCAGCCGCCAUGCAGCCGCCAUGGAGCCACCAUGGAGCCACCAUGGAGCCGCCAUGGAGCCACCAUGGAGCCGCCAGUAUCCACCAUGGAGCCGCCAUGCAGCCGCCAUGCAGCCGCCAUGCAGCCGCCAGUAUCCACCAUGGAGCCGCCAUGCAGCCGCCAUGCAGCCGCCAUGCAGCCGCCAUGGAGCCGCCAGUAUCCACCAUGUAGCCGCCAUGCAGCCGCCAUGGAGCCACCAUGGAGCCACCAUGGAGCCGCCAUGGAGCCACCAUGGAGCCGCCAGCAGCCGCCAUGGAGCCGCCAUGGAGCCGCCAUGGAGCCGCCAGUAUCCGCCAUGGAGCCGCCAUGCAGCCGCCAUGCAGCCGCCAUGCAGCCGCCAUGCAGCCGCCAUGGAGCCGCCAGUAUCCACCAUGCAGCCGCCAUGCAGCCGCCAUGGAGCCACCAUGGAGCCGCCAGCAGCCGCCAUGGAGCCACCAUGGAGCCGCCAGCAGCCGCCAUGGAGCCGCCAUGGAGCCGCCAGUAUCCACCAUGCAGCCGCCAUGCAGCCGCCAUGGAGCCACCAUGGAGCCGCCAGCAGCCGCCAGCAGCCGGAGGACAGCACCGCACACACACGGCUCUCCUCACAUCAUUACUUCCAUUAA